AUGCUUCGCCGUCCUGCCACCGUUCUAUCACUCACCCCAGAGGACAUCGCCGAUUACGAAGACCGUGCCGCCGAACGCCUGCGCGUUGCCGAGCUCGAAGCCCGCCAACAAGUCGCCGAGGCCCGCGCCCGCACCCGACACGACACCUCCUCAACAGCAGCUGCUCUCCGCCGAGCUGCUCUCGCCGCCACACCAACCGCUGGGCCAUCCACCGGGCGGUACAACAGCACCAACAAUGGCGGCGGGAUAGACUUCCACGGCACCAGGGUGCUCACCAGCCCAGCAGAGCACCAGUUCAGCGACGAAGAACAGAGCGACGACUCGGAGGCCGAGACAUCCUACUACGCAAGGGCCCAGUCCCAGGCCGCCCGCGUCAGCUUCGGCCGAGGGCAAGUCUUUGGCGCUGCUCAUCUCUCUCAUCCGCACGACGACGAGGAAGACGAAGAGGAGGAACUAGACGCCGAACUGGAGGACAUGAGCGAGGGCCCCAACCGACCCACCACCACCACAAGCCCCCACCCGCGAAACCCGCACCCGCACCCGCGGCCUCAACUCCACCCGCGGCGCAACAUCCUCCCCACCACCGCCACCGCCACCGCCACCACCGACGCGGGCUACGCGGGGGCAGGGUGCGGCGGAUUUGGCGGUGACGCCGGCGCCGGGAGGGGCUGGAGCAAUAACAGGGCGUGA